CAGACUGCUGCCCCAAAGGCAUCCAGUCUGUUCCUGCUUGGUGUUUGCUACCUGGAGCUUCCUGUCCGAAGCCUAAGGGAGGCAGUAAACAUCUUCAUCAGAAGAGAAGGCCAUCUGGAAAAGAACAAUAACAGAUCAGAAGAGAGAAAGAUCUGUGUGGAGAUAAGGUUCCUAAAGGACAAACCAAAUAGAAAGCCUGUGGAACUCUGUGGUUAUACCAUAUCACCUGGAGAAGAUCGAGAGCAAAAUAAUGUCUCGCUACGGAAAGCACCCACGCCUCAGCCUGGAGCAAAGUGUAAGCUUCCAGAUCCCAGGUGAACCAGACGAGUUCCCACUGGUUCCCACAGCCGAGAAAGAGGAGAGACAGGAAGAAGAGGAGGUAAAAGAAGAAGAGAAAGAAGAUAACAAUACGCAGAAAAAUGAGGAAGAUAACAAUGAGAAGGAAGAAGAGGAAGUAAAAGGGAAUGAAGAGGAAAAGGAAGAGUGUGGUGAUGAAGUGGAUGAGGAAGAAAAUGAGAAGGGAGAGGAAGAAAAUGAGAAGGGAGAGGAAGAAUCAGACAUAGCUUCCAUGUUUUUCUCAUCUUCUAAUGUUUCUUUACCAAGUUUCACCCCUCCUUCUCCUUCUUUCUCUUCCUCCUCCUCCUCUUCCUCCUCUUCAAUCUUUUCUCUGUUUGAGAGCAACCUGGUGGGAAAUGCGGGCUAUGCUCCUGGGAUACUGAGCAUUUUUCAGAAUGCUCAAAGCUUCUUCCCCUCAUCUAUUUUAGGGGGGGAUUUAGAGGAAACAAGCAGCAAUGACGAAGAGAGUUCAGGUGCCAGUCAGUCUUCUGAAGAUCCUGAAGCCCUGCUGGAUGUUGUGAUACAAGAAAAGGCUACUGAUCUGGUGUUUCUUUUCAUUUACAAGUAUAGAAUGAAGGAACCCAUCACAUUAUCAGAAAUUUAUGAGGUUGUCACCAAAGAUUAUGAGAACCAUUUUCCUGUCAUCUUCAUGGAAGCUUCUAAGUGCUUGGAGAUGACCUUUGGCAUUGAUAUAAAACAAAGUGAUCUUCUAAGCAGUGCUUAUGUCUUUGUCAACUCUCUGAACCUCACCUAUGAGGACACGCUGAGUGACAAUGAUAGAUUGCCUAGAAAUGCUUUCCUGAUAGUCAUUCUGGGUGUAAUUUUCAUAGAAGGGAACCGUGCUUCUGAAGAAAGAAUCUGGGAAUUCUUGAAGCUGGUAGGAGUGUAUGAUGGGGAGGAGCAUUUCAUUUGUGGGGAUCCCAGGGAGUUCCUCACUAUAAAUUUAGUGCAGGAAAAUUACCUAGAGUAUCGGCAGGUGCCUAAUAGCCAGCCUCCGUGCUUCGAGUUCCUGUGGGGUCCAAGAGCCUAUGCUGAAACUACCAAGAUGAAAGUUUUGGAGUUCUUGGCAAAGAUGAAUGGGUGUGACCCAACUGAUUUUUCAGUCUGGUAUGAAGAGGCUUUGAGAGAUGAGGAAGAGAGGGCCUGGGCCACAAGGGACUCCGAAGAUGGAAGCCCAACCAUGUGGCUUGCAGAGCGCUGAUUGUUAGUUUCUCUUACCCAAUGCGAGGGACCUGUUUUUGCAUGGGCUCACUCUAAUUUUGAAAAAUGCAGCCAAAAUUUUAAGUAAGGGAAAAUCAAGCCUAAGCUCAGUAGAAAAGGUUAAAAAAAUACUAAUUGGGGGUUUGCUUAGCUGUUUAAUUUUGGACUAAUUUUAAAUGUUAUUCCUUGUAAGUAGAAUCUAUGAUUGAAACUGGUAACACAAUUUUACUGUUUUUUGUUCAAACAGUGUAGUGGAAAUUAUGUAAUGUAGCUUACUUUUGAAUUGUUUUAAACCUAUUAGUUUAUUCUGUAAAAUUAAAAUGCAGAGUACAUUUAUUUACCAAGCUCAUGUAAGAAAACAGGACAUAUCAAUAAAUCUUAAUAAAGACUG